AUGAUAGAGUUGAUUACAGGUCCGAACUUCUGGGGUCGCAUCAACCCUCAGUGGUCGCUGUGCAACAAGGGCCGGCGGCAGUCGCCCAUCGACGUCGACCCGGACAAGCUGCUGUUCGACCCCCUGCUGCGGCCUCUCCACAUCGACAAGCACAUUGUGAGCGGCACGCUGCUGAACACCGGCCAGACGAUGGUGUUUCGCGUGGACAAGGACGCCAAGCACCACGUGAACAUAUCGGGCGGCCCGCUGGCCUACCGCUACCAGCUGGAGGAGAUGUACUUCCACUACGGCAUGGACAACAGCCACGGCUCCGAGCACAGCAUACACGGAUACCACUUCCCCGGAGAGAUGCAGAUGUACGCCUUCAACGCGGAGCUGUACAAGAACAUGUCGGAGGCACAGCACAAGUCCCAAGGGAUCGUCGGGGUCGCCAUUAUGAUGCAGAUCAGAGAACCGCCAACGAACGAGUUGAGGCUCAUCAGCAGCAACUUCCAAAGGGUAAAGUUUAAAGGGCAGAUGACGCCGAUCAAGCACCUGUCGCUCCAUCACCUGCUGCCUGACACGGACCACUACAUGACGUACGAGGGCUCCACGACGCACCCCGGCUGCUGGGAGACCACCGUCUGGAUCAUCCUCAACAAGCCCAUCUACAUCUCCAGGCAAGAGAUGUACUCGCUGCGGCUGCUGAUGCAGGGACCGCAGGAGGAGCAGAAGGCGCCGCUGGGCAACAACGUGCGGCCUCCCCAGCACCUGCAUCACCGCACCGUCAGGACCAACAUCGACUUCUUCCGCGCAUCACACCACAAGGGCAAGAAGUGUCCCACCAUGCGGCGAGACAUGUACUACAGAGCCAAUACGUGGGAGGACCAUGAACCGAGCAACCUGUCAUGAAGCUGAGAAAUCCAGCCAGUGGCGUGAUUCACGGUGCUGUAUAGGAAUGGCGUCGGCGGUCUUUCUGCGGAAGAGAAGAGGUGCCUGUCAAUUAGUUGUGCUGUUGUCGCUGUACCCUGCGAGCUCCUGAACGGCUUUCGUGUUGUCUCCUAGUGGCCCGAGUAUACACAGAAAUACUCGCUUCCUGUGCAUUUUAUAAGACUGUUGCUUACUCUGAGUGCUGACUGUGCGUCUGUGGAAUCAUAAUUAUUAUGCGGACAAACUAGAAAAUGCAUCCUCAUCUCGCCAUGGCUGCCUGUGACUCUAUCAAACUACUGUAGGCCAAUCAGCUCCUCUGAGUGCACAGUGUCAGUAAACUAACAAUUAGCAGAGUACCAACGUAAAUAUAUAGUUUUGUAAGUGGGGAGAAGAUUUGUCAGACGGUUGCAUUAACUAAAUCUACAAUUAGAUUGAGACAGUUUGGGUACCAUCAGAAAAUAGAAAUUUCAAUACAGUGUAUCAGAUAUGAGUAACCAUCAGGUGAAAUGGUGGCAUCAAUGGGAAUCGUAUGUGGUUAAAGGUGUAAGAAACAACUGCGAUUACGCUACGUAUGUAAGCACAAAACCUUCGUUUUUUCUGUGUCAUGCAAGAAUUUGAGAACUACAGUCGUGUAAACAAUCACUUUGUUGUGAAAUAUUGUCAUUUUGAUGGGCACAUGUUACAGCUGACAUGGCGAGUAGAGAUUAUGGAUGUCGCAAAUACUCUUAUACUACGUCUGUUCCAUACCAUUUGUACUAGUAUAACAUAAUCAAGCGUAAAUGCGAAGACUAACUUUGUACACGUGUAAAUAUAUCGGAGAAAACUACUAUCAUUUGUACAAUGAGGCAUAGAGAAUGCAUAUGUAUAUAUGGAAUGACUGAUAUUGUAGUUUUUUAGUACGGAAACUUUGUAACCGAACUAACAGGGACAAGCUUUAAAAU